AUGUGGGCACUUCUGACUUUCCUUUUUGCAGUCACAGUUAUUGGGAAACCGAUACUCCAGGAUGAGUUUCACACUACACCAGAGCCAAGACCACACCGACCUCAUGGGCAAGGAGGAGAUGGAGGCAAGGAGGAACAUGGUGUGGCAGUGACCAAACCACAACAUGACGGCCACCACACCGACUCUGUCAGCGAUGAGGUGUCUGAUUCAUCGGAAUCGCAUACACAAGAGCCAACAUCACACCGACCUCAUGGGCAAGGAGGAGGUGGAGGCAAUAAGGAACAUGGUGUGGCAGUGACAAAACCACAACAUGACGGCCACCACACCGACUCUGUCAGCGAUGACGUGUCUGAUUCAUCGGAAUCGCAUACACAAGAGCCAACAUCACACCGACCUCAUGGGCAAGGAGGAGGUGGAGGCAAGGAGGAACAUGGUGUGGCAGUGACCAAACCACAACAUGACGGUCACUACACCGACUCUGUCAGCGAUGAGGUGUCUGAUUCAUCGGAAUCGCAUACACAAGAGCCAACAUCACACCGACCUCAUGGGCAAGGAGGAGGUGGAGGCAAUAAGGAACAUGGUGUGGCAGUGACCAAACCACAACAUGACGGUCACUACACCGACUCUGUCAGCGAUGAGGUGUCUGAUUCA